CUCCUGGUGAUUUUUGGAAGGUGAAGCUAAUCGACGACGAUUAUGGCCACGGCGGCGACAGCAUCGGCACCGCCAGUAGAUGGCAAGAAGAAGAAGAGUGCCGCCGCGUACUCCAAGGAGGAUUCGCAUGAGGAAGAAAAGGUGCCGCUGUUUGCGGCAUUCCUGUGCUACUUUAACUUUGCCAUCCUCAUCACGUUUGGGCGUAUCCGUGACUUCUUCGGGUGGUGGAGUGGGUAUUCGAGGUACCACUCGAAGGGCGACAGCAAGGAUGGAUGUGCCGACAUGUUUAUCCCAUGGGAGAACUUCUACACGAAUCGCAUCUACCACCGCGUCCAGGACGUGUUCAACCGUCCCGUGUCGUCGGCCCCCGGGGCGCGCAUCGACGUGAUCCAGCGCGUGUCCACGGACGGCAACAAGUCCAUGCAGUGGACGCCCAAGACCCAGAACUGCAUCAACUUGGGCUCGUACAACUAUCUCGGGUUUGCCGACGACUGGAUGAACACGUGUGCGUCGAUGGUGUUGCCUGAGGUGGACACGCACACCGUGUGCAGCAACUCGCCGUCGGCCGAGUUCGGCACGACACCCGUGCACGUCGAACUGGAGGCGCUUGUGGCCGAGUUUAUCGGCAAGGAAGCCGCGAUCGUGUUCAACAUGGGGUAUGGCACCAACUCGACGUCGAUUCCAGCGUUGAUGGGUCCGGGCACGCUCGUGCUCAGCGACGCAUUGAACCACACGUCGAUCGUCAACGGCAUCCGCGCGUCCGGUGCCGCCGUGGCCGUGUUCAAGCACAACAGCGCCAAGCAUUUGGAGGUGAUGCUCCGCACCAAGAUCGCGGCAGGCCAGCCCCGCACGCAUCGACCGUGGAAGAAGAUAUUCGUGGUCGUUGAGGGCAUUUACUCGAUGGAAGGCGAGAUUUGUAAACUCCGAUCGAUUGUGGACGUUGCCAAGAAGUACAAGGCGUACAUGUACGUGGACGAAGCGCACAGCAUUGGCGCGCUGGGCGACACUGGGCGAGGCGUGUGCGAGUACACUGGUGUGUCCCCCAGUGAAAUUGACAUUUUGAUGGGGACGUUCACCAAGUCGUUUGGGGGCAUGGGGGGCUACAUCGGGGCGUCGAAAGAGGUUGUGUCGUUGCUGCAGAAUGCGUCGUCGGGGCAUUUCAUGGGCACGUCGUUGGCCCCCGUAGUUGCCGCCCAGGUGCUUGCGUCGUUCAAGGUCAUUAUGGGGCGCGACGGCACGAAUAUUGGCGCGACCAAGCUCAAGGCACUGCAGGACAACGCCAACUUUCUGCGCCAAGGACUCAUGGACGCGGGGAUGGUGACACUGGGCCAGUUCGACUCGCCUGUAAUCCCCGUGAUGCUGUACUCGAUUUCCAAGAUCGCAGAGUUCAGCCGACAAUGUCUGCUUCGCAACAUGGCCGUGGUCACCGUCGGCUUUCCAGCCACGCCGCUCCUGCUCGGCCGCGUCCGGUUCUGCGUCUCCGCCGCGCACACCCGCGCUGAUUUGGAGGAAGCGCUCAAAAACUUGGCCGACGUCGCCAAGGUGUGCCAUAUCCGGUUCCACAAGCACAUGUUUGGUUAACGAGUUGAAAUGAAAGUGGGACUGGGUUACAGUAACGAACUCGUGUCCUGGGAGAGUUGUAGGUAGGCCACGGACGAGGUUGGUGGGGUUCUCACGUUAGAUUACAAAGCCUUUGAGUCAA